UCUUGUAAUCUAGAGAUAUGUUAUGGUAAUAAUAAUAAGCUAUUAGCACUGGCAAAAAGCAAUGGCGCAUGCUUCAUCAACCCAAGGUUUCCAUGAGUUUAAAUACGGGGACUUCACAGAGAAAGUUGAAAUUGGGGAUGGAGAUUAUGGUGUCGUAUAUGCAGCUAGGCACCGUAUGUUCAAUAAAGUUGCUAUUAGAAUCAUAUCGCGCCAACAUCAUGUCUCAGAAGGAGAGCGAAAUUCUUUAAUAACUGAAGCCAAAAAGUUGUCUUCGAUUGUAUCUGGGAAUGUCAUUCGUUUACUGGGUAUAGUUAUAGAGCCGGGGCAUUUAUGUCUCGUGUUUGAAUAUGCUGAAUAUGGAUCGCUCACUAAACUUUUGCAACGGUAUGAUAUUCCUUGGCCCUUGAAAACUCGAAUAUCGCAUGAAGUUGCAAUGGGAAUGUGUUUUCUUCACCAGAAGGACAUCUUGCAUCUAUUGUUAAAGUGUACAAACAUACUUGUCACUGGCAAUGUUCAAGUCAAAAUAACUGAUAUAGGUCUCAGUGGAAACAUGGAAAUGAAUAACUGGACAAGAUGUGGUAGAAUUUAUAGCCAAACCUUGCAAUCAACACAAAGAAGAUCUGGGGGCAGCUCGAUAAGUCAUGUACCCCCUGAGCUUAUCAGAGAUGUAAAUGCUGCUGCUGACAAAUCCGCCGACGUAUAUGCAUAUUCUAUCGUCCUGUGGCAGAUUCUAACCAAUAAGAUACCGUAUGAAGGUAAAGAUACAGGUGCAAUUUGUGUUGGUGUUUUGGAGGGCGAAAGACCGGAUAUCUCAAUUAUAAGUCGUGAACAUCCCGAAGUGUUAUCUGAUGCUAUGAAAAAAUGUUGGCAGGACGAGAAACGAAAGAGACCCACAUUUGAGGAUCUUGUUCAUCGAAUUGGGCCAGUGUCUGCUAAUUGUGAGGAUGCUUCAAGAAAGGCUGCCCUCGAGUGUCAAAAAAAUGUUCAAGAUUUUUAUUUUCCUGACUCGGAAAUAGCAGCGCCUACAGGAGAUCAGCAGCCUGCAAGGCAUCACCAUAGGCGAUUGGAUGCUCCAUCUCAUAUCGGGAGAGCUAAUGCAAAUGAUGGCGUUGCUGUACCAAUGCAGAGAAACGAUGACACAGUUCCUUUCCAGAAUUCAGCAUCUUCACAGCCAAAGCCUGUUAUGGUUUCAUUGAUUGUUCCUGUAACCGAUCCUCAGAUGGAACUCAGUCGCUCAGUGUCGGUACCACCUCCAGAUAAUAAAGCUCCGCCAAUUGCACCAAAUCCAACAUUAUCAGAGGAAAAAUAUUCGAAGUUUGUUGGUGUUGAUGAACUGUAUCUAGUCGCCGAAGAACUUGGCCGUCAUUGGCGAAGAUUCGGUCUUUACCUAGGAUUUAGUGAUGCCCAACUUGAUAAUAUUGAGGCCAAUUUUCACAAGCAUGGAUUCCCAGAGAUUACUUAUCAAAUGCUAAGAAGAUGGAAAGAAAGAAAUGGAAAUGUUACAGUGGGGUUUCUUUUUAACACACUUCGUGAUGCUGACUUAUUGCAUGUUGCACAAAAAUUGGCUUAAUCAGUUUGUAAAUAAAUGGAACUGGGAAGGAUGGAUUAGCACUGAUUAUAUUAUGUAUAUGGUGACCCUUAAAAAACAGAAUCCAUAAGUUUGUUGAUAACUUCUACAGAA